AUGUCCUCUCGCUCUCGAACCGCCAUCCAAAUCGCCAGUCCCGGCCACGCCGAACUGCGCUCCGACGUCCCCUACCCCCGCCUCCGCGACGACUACAUCAUCGCCGAGACACGAGCCGUCGCCCUGAACCCUACCGAUAACAAACAUAUCGACGGCCUCGGAGCCCCCGGGACGAUCGUCGGAUGCGACUGGGCGGGAGUGGUCGUGGAGGUUGGGAAGUCCGUGACGCGGUUUAAGCCCGGGGAUGAGGUGUACGGGGCUGUUCAUGGUGGUAACACCGUUGAACCCGAGGACGGCGCCUUUGCCGAUAUAGUCGUCGGCAAGGAACAAGGCACCUGGCACAAGCCGGCUAAUUUGAGCUUUGCGGAGGCGGCGUCGCUGGGCGUCGGGAUCAUGACGGUCGGUCAGGCGUUGUAUAAGAUGAUGGGCUUGUCGUUUCCGAGCUUGGAUUCUACAGGGACCGGGGCGACGACCCCGGGCCCUUCGAUCUUGAUAUACGGGGCUAGUUCAGCGACGGGGACGAUUGCGGUUCAGAUUGCCAAGAUAUCCAACCUCACCGUGCACGCUACCUGCUCACCAUCCAACAACGCCCUCAUCGCCUCGCGCGGAGCAGACUACAUCUACGACUACAACAGCCCCGACAGCAUCGAUGCCAUCCUCGCGCAAUCAGCCACUAACCCGAUAACCUACAUCUUCGACUGCAUCGGCAGCGAGUCCUCCAGCACGUACUGCAGCAAAAUCCUCCCCGUGACAGGCGGCCACUACCACUCCAUCCGGGCACCUGUGCCACCCGCCUUCAAGGAACUGCGGCCCGAGGAGAGCGCAAAAGCCACCACCGCGUUGGGAUACACGUUGCUGGGUGAGCGGUUCGAGUUCCCCGGCGGACUGGUCUUCGAGGCGGAUAAGGAGGAAGAGGAGUUUGGGAAGAGCUGGGGGAGAAUUGUGGGGGAGUUGGUGGAGAGGGGGGUUGUGAGGACGCAUGAGGUCGAUGCAAGGGUGGGCGGGCUGGAGGGUGUGUUGCAGGGGUUGGAGGAGUUGAGGAAGGGGGAGGUUAGGGGGAAGAAGUUGGUGUAUUCUCUGUAG